UGCGGGUGUGAGCGCGCUCGGGAGGGGGAGUGGAUGGAGCUGGUCAGUUUCGGCCUCAGCUGUCAGGUCAAUUUCACAGCAGAACCUCAGGGCCCCGGCCACAUGGAGGGCGCACGGGCGAGCUGGGAGCUCUGGGGUUGUGCUGCCGGCUCCCCAUGAGCCCCGCCGAAGCCGCCGCCGCCGCCGCCGCCUCGGGGAGCAUGUCACCUCCAGCUGCAGUCACAGCCGCCGCCGCAGCCGCAGCAGCAGCCGCCGCAGCAGCCGCAGCGCACGACUCCAGUGCCAGCGCCGCCGCCUCCUCUUCCUCCUGCAUCCUCAGGCACUGGCUCUCUGACUCGAUCCCCUGAUCCAUGCCAGAGGUCUGUGGAGAUCUGGGACAGCCAUGGCAAGCCAGGGUGACUGCUGCGUCAAGGUGGCGGUCAGGAUCCGGCCCCAGCUAUCCAAGGAGAAGAUUGAGGGCUGUCACAUCUGUACCUCAGUCACUCCUGGAGAGCCCCAGGUGCUGCUGGGGAAGGACAAGGCCUUCACCUAUGACUUUGUCUUUGACCUGGAUACCUGGCAAGAGCAAAUCUACACAGCUUGUGUGGGCAAGCUCAUCGAGGGCUGCUUUGAGGGCUACAAUGCCACAGUGCUGGCCUACGGACAGACAGGAGCUGGGAAGACGUACACCAUGGGGACCGGUUUUGACAUGAGUACCUCAGAGGAGGAGCAUGGUAUCAUCCCGAGGGCUAUAAGCCACCUCUUCAGAGGCAUUGACGACCGCAAGAGACAGGCCCAGGAACAGGGAGUGCCUGGGCCGGAGUUCAAAGUCAGCGCACAGUUUCUGGAGCUUUACAACGAGGAGAUUCUAGACCUGUUUGAUAGCACGCGAGAUCCUGACUCCCGCCACCGAAAAUCCAACAUCAAGAUCCAUGAAGACGCCAAUGGAGGCAUCUACACCACAGGCGUCACCUCCCGUCUCAUCAGUUCCCAGGACGAGCUGAUCCAGUGUUUGAAGCAGGGGGCUCUGUCCCGGACCACAGCCAGCACACAGAUGAAUGUGCAGAGCUCCCGCUCUCAUGCCAUCUUCACCAUCCACCUGUGCCAGAUGCGUGUCUGUGCCCGGCCUGACCUGGUAAAUGGUGAGGUACCUGGCCUUCCCGAUGGUGCUGCCCCCACCAACGAGUAUGAGACGCUCACGGCCAAGUUUCAUUUCGUCGAUCUGGCAGGCUCCGAACGGCUGAAACGGACGGGGGCCACGGGCGAGAGGGCCAAAGAGGGCAUCUCUAUCAACUGUGGCCUGCUGGCCUUGGGUAAUGUGAUCAGUGCCCUGGGAGACCAGAGUAAGAAGGUGGUACAUGUGCCAUACCGGGACUCCAAGCUCACCCGGCUCCUCCAGGACUCCCUCGGGGGUAACAGCCAGACAAUUAUGAUUGCUUGUGUGAGCCCUUCGGACCGGGACUUUAUGGAGACCCUGAACACCCUCAAGUAUGCCAACCGGGCCCGCAACAUCAAGAACAAGGUGGUUGUGAACCAAGAUAAGACCAGCCAGCAGAUCAGUGCCCUUCGGGCUGAGAUUGCCCGCCUGCAAAUGGAGUUGAUGGAGUACAAGGCGGGUAAGCGAGUGAUUGGGGAGGAUGGCUCAGAGGGCUACAGUGACCUGUUCCGGGAGAAUGCCAUGCUGCAGAAAGAGAAUGGCACCCUGAGAAUGCGGGUGAAAGCCAUGCAGGAAGCCAUCGACGCCAUCAACAACCGAGUCACCCACCUCAUGAGCCAGGAGGCCAACCUGCUCCUCGCUAAGGCUGGAGAUGGCAAUGAGGCCAUUGGUACUUUAAUCCAGAACUAUAUCCGAGAGAUUGAAGAACUUCGAACAAAGCUUCUAGAGAGUGAAGCAAUGAACGAGUCUCUCCGCCGCACACUCUCACGGACCUCAGGGCGGCCCUCCUACUCCAUGAGUGGUUCCCAAGCCCAGGGAAGUUUGCUGAGCAGCCCAUCAAUUUCCAUGGAAACAGAGGCCUCAGAGGUGAUUCGCAAGGCCAAGCAAGACCUGGAACGGCUAAAGAAAAAGGAGACCAGGCAACGGAGAAAAAGCCCAGAGAAGGAGGCAUUUAAAAAGAGGGCAAAGUUACAUCAAGAGAAUGGAGAAGAGACAGAUGAGAACGAGGCUGAGGAGGAGGAAGAGGAGGAUCGGGAUGAAAGUGGUUGUGAGGAAGAGGAAGGCCGGGAAGAUGAAGAUGAAGAUUCGGGCAGUGAGGAGAGCCUCGUGGACUCAGAUUCAGAUCCUGAGGAGAAGGAGGUGAACUUCCAAGCCGACCUGGCAGACUUGACCUGUGAGAUUGAGAUCAAGCAGAAGCUGAUUGAUGAACUGGAGAACAGCCAGCGCCGACUGCAGACACUGAAGCAUCAGUACGAGGAGAAGUUGAUCCUUUUGCAGAACAAAAUCCGGGACACGCAGCUUGAGCGGGACCGGGUGCUCCAGAACCUCAGCACCAUGGAGUGCUACACAGAGGAGAAGGCUAACAAGAUCAAGGCAGACUACGAGAAGCGUCUACGGGAGAUGAAUCGCGACCUUCAGAAGUUGCAGGCAGCCCAGAAGGAGCACGCCCGGCUGCUCAAGAACCAGUCCCGUUAUGAGAGGGAGCUGAAGAAGCUUCAGGCUGAGGUGGCGGAGAUGAAGAAGGCCAAGGUGGCCUUGAUGAAGCAAAUGAGGGAGGAGCAGCAGCGGAGGCGGCUGGUAGAAACCAAGAGGAACCGGGAAAUAGCACAGCUCAAGAAAGAGCAACGGCGGCAGGAGUUUCAGAUCCGGGCUCUGGAAUCUCAGAAGCGCCAGCAGGAGAUGGUGUUGAGGAGGAAAACCCAGGAGGUGUCCGCGCUGCGACGCCUGGCCAAGCCUAUGUCAGAGCGGGUAGCAGGACGGGUAGUGACGAAGCCUCCCAUGCUGGACUCGGGGGCAGAGGUGUCAGCCAGCGCCACAUCAUCCGAGGCAGAGUCUGGAGCCCGAUCUGUCUCAAGCAUCGUGCGCCAAUGGAAUCGAAAGAUCAACCACUUUCUGGGGGACCCAGCGACCCCAGUCAAUGGAACCCGUCCUGCCAGGAAGAAGUUCCAGAAGAAGGGGGCCAGCCAGAGCUUCAGCAAAGCUGCCAGGUUAAAGUGGCAGUCCCUAGAACGGCGCAUCAUCGACAUUGUCAUGCAGAGGAUGACCAUUGUCAACCUGGAGGCUGACAUGGAGAGGCUCAUUAAGAAAAGGGAGGAGCUAUUUCUUCUUCAGGAAACAUUGAGGAGAAAGAGGGAAAGGCUUCAGGAAGAGAGCCCAGAGGAGGAGAAGGGCCUCCAGGAGCUGGGCGAAGAGAUUGAGGUGCUAGCAGCCAAUAUUGACUAUAUCAAUGACAGCAUUUCUGAUUGCCAGGCCACCAUUGUACAGCUGGAGGAGACCAAGGAGGAGCUUGACUCCACAGACACAUCAGUGGUCAUCAGCUCCUGCUCACUGGCGGAAGCCCGACUUUUGCUGGAUAACUUUCUCAAGGCCUCCAUUGAAAAGGGUCUACAGGUGGCCCAGAAGGAGGCCCAGAUCCGACUGCUGGAGGGGCGGCUGAGGCAAACAGAUAUGAACAACUCCUCUCAGAACCACCUGAUCCUGGAUGCCCUUCGAGAGAAAGCUGAAGCCCACCCUGAACUACAGGCCCUGAUCCACAACAUGCAGCAGGAAAAUGGAUAUUGCAGCACAGAUGAGGAGAUCUCUGAGUUCUCAGAGGGGAGCUUCUCCCAGUCCUUCACUAUGAAAGGUUCUACCAGCCAUGAUGAUUUCAAGUUCAAGGGGGAGCCCAAGCUGUCUGCUCAAAUGAAGGCGGUGUCGGCUGAGUGCCUGGGUCCCCCACUGGACAUCUCCACCAAGAACAUCACUAAGUCUCUGGCCUCACUUGUGGAGAUCAAGGAGGACGGUGUGGGCUUCUCCAUCCGAGACCCCUACUACCGAGAUAAGGUCUCACGCACCAUCAGCCUGCCCACCCGCGGCAGCACCUUUCCUCGGCAAUCCCGAGGCUCUGACACCUCGCCUCUGACCCGAAGGAAAUCUUAUGACCGAGGACAACCUAUCAGGUCCUCGGACAUGGCCUUCACACCCCCUUCGUCCCCCCCUACGCGGCCGCGCAAUGACCGCAACGUCUUCUCUCGCCUCACCAGCAAUCAGAGCCAGGGGUCAGCACUGGACAAGGGAAUCAUCAACCCCAUUGGUGGAGCUAAGAGUGCCCGGACUGCUCCCUUGCAGUGUGUCUCAGUAGCUGAGGGUCACACCAAACCCAUUCUUUGCUUGGAUGCCACCGAUGAGCUGCUCUUCACGGGAUCAAAAGACAGAAGCUGCAAGAUGUGGAACCUGGUGACAGGGCAGGAGAUUGCCGCUCUGAAGGGUCACCCCAACAAUGUUGUUUCCAUCAAGUACUGUGCCCACCUGGGUCUGGUGUUCUCUGUCUCCACGUCCUAUAUCAAGGUGUGGGACAUCCGGGAUUCGGCCAAGUGCAUCCGCACCCUCACGUCCUCAGGUCAGGUGAUCUCCGGAGACGCCUGCGCAAGCACCACCAAUCGAACUGUCACAAGCGCUCAAGGGGAACACCAGAUCAACCAGAUCGCCCUCAACCCUACGGGCACCACUCUGUAUGCUGCCUCUGGCAACUCAGUCCGCAUCUGGGAACUCAACAGGUUCCAGCCCAUUGGGAAGCUGACUGGCCACAUUGGUCCUGUGAUGUGCUUGACGGUCAACCAGACUUCCAACCACCAUGAUCUUGUGGUGACCGGUUCCAAGGAUCAUUAUGUAAAGAUAUUUGAGCUGGCAGAGAGUGUGAUGGGUAACAUCAGCCCCACCCACAACUUUGAGCCCCCGCACUAUGACGGCAUUGAGUGCCUAGCCAUCCAGAGUGACAUCCUGUUCAGCGGCUCCCGGGAUAAUGGCAUUAAGAAGUGGGACCUGGAGCAGCAGGAGCUCAUUCAGCAAAUCCCGAAUGCCCACAAGGACUGGGUCUGCGCCCUAGCCUUUGUUCCUGGCCGACCCAUGCUGCUGAGUGCUUGCCGAGGGGGCUUCAUCAAGGUCUGGAAUGUGGAAAACUUCACACCCAUUGGAGAGAUCAAAGGUCAUGACAGCCCCAUCAAUGCCAUCUGUACCAACUCCAAGCACAUUUUUACGGCCUCCAGUGACUGCCGGGUAAAGUUGUGGAGUUACGUCCCUGGACUCACCCCCUGCCUUCCACGCCGCGUCCUGGCUAUAAAGGGCCGCGCCACUAGCCUGCCUUGACCCUCUUCUUCCCUCCCUCUCAGUCCUUUCUCUCCUUUCUUAUUCUCCCCUUCUUCCCUCUUCCUUUCUUUCUCCACUUCGAUCCAAGCUGCUUCUUAACGUGACCUGACAGUGAAAUUCUGGAGCGGAAGGCGGCUACCAAGUGGCACAUCUUAGGAGGAGAAGCCAGAGGGGGCACUCGAUUCCACAUUUCCUCCAGCAGCCUGGACAUCAUCUAAAGAAAAGCCUCUUGAGACAAUUGAGGCCCCCUAGGUCCAGGCCAGAUGAUGCUGAUGGCUCUGGGCGAGAGGGUUUGGGCAUUCUUUCCCACUCCUCUCCUAGCCUUCCUAAGUGGAGAGUGUUCCCAAGCCCAUUGCCCCCGGAGGGGGAAGGAGAGAGGGGAAAGACAUUUAAGCUGUGAAGCCAAAGGGCGCUUUUGAUCCCCACUCUUUCUCCUGAAGCUCCUCAGCUUCUUCCAGGUCUGGCCCCAUUUUUCUUCCUGCUAAGUUGUCCCCUUCUCACCCCAACCUCAGGAGCUCUCCAGCUGGCCUGUGAGGAGACCUUGGGGAAAAUUUUACUAGUUCCCCCCCUCCAGAAAGCCCCAUGGUGGGGAGGGGAUUCUGAGCCAGGCUGAGGGGAACCUCCAGCCCCAACCAGCCAUACUUUAACUUGGAAAUGACCUUGCUGUUCUUCCCCCGUCCAUCUGAACGCUGUGUUUCAGAUGGGCAUCUUUCUUCUGAUCCCCUCUUGCCCCUCUGGUGUCCCAUUCCUGCUUCUGAGUCCUCAGCCUCCUCCCCCAAAAGGAAGGAGGUCAAAGGACAAAGAGUCCCUCCCUCUAGUAACCGUGUAAAUUAGGGAUGGGCAGCUGCCAGGCCCUCCCCCUGAGCCUUCUCCCUGGGGCCACCACCAUCCCAUCCCUAGGACUCAGCCCUCCCCUUCCUGGGGUCCGAGCGGGCCCAUCCUUCAGAAAGUUCCAUCUGAGGGGAGAGCUGCAGACUCAGCCUGGUCAUUUCAUCUAUUUAAUUAUUUAUUUAUUUAUUUAUUGCUGGCGCUUCCUGGAUACCAACUUGAAGUUUCUUCUGAUAUAUUCAAUCCCUUGAGCUCUCCAGGACCAGGGAGUCCUGAGGAAGGGGAAGGGGGGGAGGGCAAGGUGGGGGGAAAGCCUGGGGAGGGGCAGGAAGGGUCCUCAAAUGGAAAAGGGUACUGCACAGCACCCUUGAGCCUCUGUUUCUGAGCCGUCCAACUCACCCUAGCCUUCGACACAUUCUGGGAUCGAUUGGGGAAUAAUCCCUUUUGAUUUUUUCCCUCGUCUCCUUCCUGUCCUCACCGUUAUCUCCACCAUCACCCCCUUCCUAAUUCCCCCCAACUGCCGCCCGAUUCUGGGCUAUUCCUGGCUUUCCUCUCUGAGAGGGACCAUUCUAGCCCUCGAUUCACCUCAUACCAUCAGACGCUCCAGUGCCUUCCAUGCCCCUGGGGCCUGGCACCCUGAGCUGGGUGACCUCAGGCAGUAGUGCCAGCCACAUGUGUCUUGCUGCCUCCCCCUUGCAAUCUUCCCUCCUGGUGACUGCUGCCUGCCCUCCUAGCUGGAUCUAACUUGAGGAGGUCUUGCUUGCUCUGUGCCCCACCCCCACCACCCCCCCUUUGCCACCACAUGCUGUGUUACAAACCCCAUCGAGGAGGGGAUUCCUGCCCCACUCCCACAUCACUUAAGAAGCAGCUUUUGCAUCCUCUCCCUUGUUUCAUGGUACUGUGUAUAGUAGAAUGUCUUGAGUAGUAAGGACUAAAUUUUAGGUCUGUUCCUUUGCCCCUCCCACCCCCCUCUCCCCCAUAAGCUGAGAUAGAACAGUGUUUUGUGCCAGGGGUAUGGUGGGGAGUGGGCUCUGAAGGUUCUCCAUGAUUUUAACUCGACCAUAGCCCAGUUUGUCUCUCCAGCUCCUUUCUCUAUAGUUAUUCAAGAGACACAUUUCCAAGCCUUAAAACUGGAAGGAAAUAAGGGAGAAUCAUUACUCAUUCAAAAGACCCCAUGUCCUUUGGGGAUUUUUUUUUUCUUUUUUGGUCUGGGGGAGGGAGGGGGAAGGGUGUUGGAUUGAAAGAGGCCCUGGUUUUGUUUUGUUUUUCUUGCCCAGGGCCUACCCACUAGGUGAAUUUUGUAUUAAAUUAAUGUCUGGGGUUCCCUUCCUGGUGGAACCAGUGAACUCAUAGACUAAUCCAAGGACUCCCAGGGAAAUGCAGUGGCUUCUUUGCCCAUCAUAUUUUUCUGCUACCGCACUGGCCCUUUGCUUUUCUGGCCUGUUCCUACCGGGCAUGGACAUAGAAGGAUUCAGGACCCGAAGCCAAGCACGGGAGCUGACGUCUCACUCGUCGUCUUCAGAGAGAGCUUGUGGCCUGGUGCUUCUGGAAACAGAUAUGAGCAUCUCUCCUCCCUCAUCUCCCUGCACUUGGACUGACCAGAGAAUACAGGCCCCAGGUGGGCAGGAGUCCCUUUUAGCUUCUAAACAAAAGUAGCAUGAAAGAUGACAGAGGGGUUCUUCUCUCAUUUAUGUACAGGCUUUUAGAUUUCCUGAGGAGUUCAGGUGUCUGAGAGGGAGAAAACUUGCAAGGGGAAAGCUAGUCUUACCUUUCCCCAACAUGACCCCAUCCUUUUAGAGUCAGCAGACCAACAUUCCCCCUACCGAGAAGCAGCAAUGACUUUGCAGAAUGACUGUGUUCACAGUUCAUCUAUUUGCUGGACAUGGGCUGAAAUUUGGGGUCAUUUGGUUGCAGGAAUGGAGUUGUAGUCUUCAGGGAGUAAUAGACAGUAUAAUUAGUUACUCUCUCCCAGCCUCCAUGCUUGGGAUGGCGGAGCAAGAGUGGAAAGUCAAAUUUUCAUGUCCCACAGACACCUCCCCUGCACUCCAAAGCAAGCAUGUGUUUGUUCGCCUGCCCCUCCUCUUCACCCCACCAUCUUUGACUUGGGUCUUGCGCCCUGGGAGAUGAGGGAAGAGUUCCCUCUAAUAGGGGCUGCUGCUUACAAACAUUGGACAUACAGACAUACAAGCCUGCACAACCUGCCCUCUUGACUCUGGGUCCCACCAGGUCAAGGGGAGCCGGCCUGCAGUAAUGGGGACUGAACUGUGAGUUUUUAUUUGUCUCCCACUCCAGGUCUGAUCCCACGGUUCCCCUGUGUUGUGGGUGUUGUCUGAUUGCUUUGUUGUUGAUGUUGGGUAAGCUACCUCAUGGCUGGGCCUGGGCUUUGCUGUAUGUGAGUGUGCUGGCUUUCCAGAAACUUGAAAUCCUGAGGCCCUGACAGGGUCAUUCCAUCCCUAAGUUGUUGGGCAGCUGAACUUGAAGAAAGCUGGGUCUCUCAGCACUUUCUUGAAGAGGAGUUGGGAGGCACAGGCUUUAGGUCUGAGCCAGAGAAUGGUGGGGAACGGACUGCAACCGCACAAGCAUUUACCAGUAUUUUAAGUGUUAUAAGCACAAAAAUGAUUGUAUUCUGAGCACAAGGACCAUAGAGCCUGAGCACAAGCCCUAGACUGAGGAAGCUUAGACCCAGCUUUGGAGCACAGGAUGGCCAGGCCCCCAGACCUACCUCUGGGUCCCCAUCCUUUUUUUUUUGCCCUCAGUCCAAAGAGGACUCAUGUUGGCCAGUGUGUCCUGAUCCAGACAAGAGAAUUCCCAAACUUGCCUUGGCUUCCUUCCCUUAGACCAACCCCAGGGGCCAUACCGUGGGGAAGGAAGUCCUGCUAUCCUGCCGGGCCCUUUCAGGCUGUCACUGCCCACUGUGCCCCAGAAUGAAGGAGCCCUAUUCCUUUGGGCAUUAAUCAAGGGUAGUUAUAGAAAGGACUGAAAGACAGGCCGUGCCAGUAUGUGCUAUCCUGAUAAGCCUGGGGCAUGAGGACAUAAGAGACACACGUCCUCAUCAUUCCCCCAAAGCUUAGAGAUUAAAGGGCUCUAAGCCCAUAACUGUCCCUAGACUCUGGCCUCACAGACCUUUCUCCUGUCUCCGAACAGCCUAAACUGAUUUAAGGGCCUAUCAAGUCUCCUGGGUUAGGGCUCUUAGCUAGGGCCCAGAUUCUCAAGCACAGUAUUAUUGUCCUUUACAAUAUUUGCUCUCUAAGUUAGUGGCAGCUCAGUCCUGAGAAGGUGAGAUUUGGAAUGUGAGACCAGGAAGGGAGCGACCUUAGAGGCCAUCUCUUCCAUACACUCUUGUAAUCCCCCACCAUUUGCAAAACAAAGUUGAUAGUGGGUAAGCAUCUAUGAAAACCUAUACCAAUGGGUAGAAUUUUAUGAAUCUCAUAGGAAUUUAUGAAGUCAGGCCCCUCUGCUGCCCUUCCUUGUCCCCUGGAAGCCUGCCCUCUCCCUACACCUGGAUGGGCAGGUCCCAUCUCUGCCAGGUUGGCUUCCUGGGGUGUUUGGGUUGACUGCCCUCAGUGCAGGAAUUCCCACUGUGCAGCUGCUGGCCUUUUACCAUGCCUCUAGCGCCAGUGUGCCACCCCCUCACCCAGCUGGUCUGGAUCCUUUGCCAGGCUGAUCUCCAUCUUCACUGAACUACCAGGACCUCUCUUCUCCCUUGGUUUCCCUCCUGGCCAGAUGCCAUUCCCUAAAGACUGACAUUCUAUUCCUCUGGUUCCCUGGCUCUAAUUGAGCCUGGAAGUCCAUGAGGGGAAGAGGUUUGUGGGGACAGGGCCCAGCAGUUGAGCAACCAUCACUGGCUACUUCAACCUCCACCUCUUCCCCCACUCCAGCAUCACCACUCAUCCCUCUCCCCAGUGCACAGCUGAGGGCACAGACCCUCAACUGGGACCCUGCUCCCCUUUCCACCAUUGCUUGAGUUACUGAGAUCACAAAGUCCGCCAGCCUCAAAGGAGCAGGAGUGUGUGCAGAGGAGACACCUGCCUUGACCUGGCCACCGGCUAAUUUCUAGAGGCCAACUUCUCUGAGGCUCCAGAGUCUGCCCUUGCUCCUCUCUGUGACGUGUAUAGCACAAGGUGUAUAUAUGUUUUGUACCUUUGCGGACCACUGUACAUAGUGUAAGAAAGCUAUUUAAACCUCACGCUGUACAUUUUUGUUUUCAACCUAGAUGUGUUGGUUCCCAGGAGGUCUUCGUAAAUAAAGCCAAAAUGGCCAUUGUUUGUGGA